GUUUUCCAACUCUCCUUCCUCCCUUGCACGCCCAGUCCUCCUGCACAUGCCCGCGUUCUCCUCCUCAAGCAAUUUCCACCCUCUUCUUAUGCCCAACGCCACGGGAAAAAAAAAUGAAAAGAAAGAAGAAGAAGAGGAACAAAAACAAGCAACGCCUUCCUGGGUCUCUCUGCAAUGGCGUGACAUACGUUAACCUCGCCAGGCACUGCCUCUGCAAGCGCAAGGACGAGGAGUUGGGAAAUGGGUUCGUGCCUCUCUGCCCAGAGGGGCUCUUCCUUGGAUUCCGCCGUGAAGCGCAGCUUGUCUUCCCCCUCCCCGAUGGGGACGCCGACGGUUACCUCGCCGCGCCCCGCCGCCGGAGAAGUCCUGGUCGCCGCCGCCUGGAAGCCCGUCGGCGUUCCUAUUGUAUCCCGCCGGACCCUGACGUUCUCCGAUUUUGGCAGCAAAGAGGAUAGCUUUUUUGAUUCUCAAGCCUGGCUGGAGUCAGACUGCGAAGAUGAAUUCUUCAGUGUAAAAGGCGAUUUCACUCCUUCUCGGGCAAUACUCCAGUCCACGAUGGCUUCUUUGUUAGCACACCUCAAAGGAUCACAGCCUUUUUCAGGGACGAAACAUUGGGUUCCAUUCCUGGACCAACCCCAGCUGGUGGUAAAAAGAAAUUAUCUGAACUUUUCCAGGAGAGUUUCCGAGGUGGCCAAUCUGUCAACGGCGACAGUAAAUCUUCCAAUAACCCCACAAACCCGGCACGGGGGAUUUCUGGUGCAUCUGGGGCUAAGCUCUGUUCACAGCAGCAAGAGGGCUGCUGGUGGAGGUUCGAAGAUCAUCGAGGAGAAACAUGUCACGCCUUUUCCGGAUUGCCUUUUGAGGUUGGUAUCAUGCGGCGGUUCUAGUAAAAGGAGAAGGGAGAUGACCCCUGCCAUAGCUAUACAUGGUUAGUAUCUUAUAUUCAGUACUUUGGUUACCGAUUUGAUAUUUAUCCACGCUUGCAUAUGUAUACUUACACAUGUACAUAUUACAUACACGAUGUUCCGAGCUGCUUGAUUUAAGUUUCUAAGUGCGGUCUUAGUGCAUAUUACUCACGACGUUCAUGUAAAAGAUGAUUUGUACAGAUUUUUUCGCUGCUGCAACUGGUUUCCCUCUUCA